CCACGCUGCGCUCGGUUUGUUUUCAAUGCAACUUUCAGUUCUUGCGCGAAUCUGUUUGAGAAAUAUUUGAAGAAUCGUCAACAACUUAAGACGGCGUUUAAUCAUUGGGAUUGAGUAUGUGAGAGCAUCAAGGCAGGAGUCAUGGCAACAGGAGGAGAAACCUCUUCUCUGGCCGAGGAUGAGAGGACCUCCAUGAUGGACAUUGAUGAUGUGCACAUGGUCCUGCAAGUGGAACAGGAGCAGAUUCAAAGGAGAACUUUCACAAACUGGAUCAAUGCUCAGCUUUCCAAGAGGAGUCCUCCGACCUCCGUCCAGGAUCUGUUCUCGGAUCUUCGAGAUGGCACUCGACUGCUGGACCUACUGGAGGUGAUGAGCGGCCAGCACAUGAAACGGGAAAAGGGUCACGGUUUGUUUCAGCAGAGAGGAAACAUCGAGACAGCUUUGAACUUCUUAAGAAGUAAAUCAAUUAAACUGGUGAACAUAAAUAUCCCAGAUAUACUAGAGGGGAAACCUUCUAUUGUUCUGGGCCUGAUAUGGACUAUCAUCCUACAUUGUCAUAUAGAGGAGCUGGCCAGCGCUCUCUCUUUUGGCUCUCGCUCGUCCUCUCUGGACUCUCUGUCCAGCCUGGAUUCUGCGUCUGGAUCUCCAGUCAGUAGUCCAGUUCCUCGAAGAACAUCACCGCUCCACAUCCGCUUCCGUCUUACUGCCAAGAAGUCUCUGCUCCUGUGGGUUCGGGACCAGUGCCAGAAGGUUGGUUGCACAGCUAGUGUAAAGGACUUCAAGUCCAGCUGGAGGAGUGGUGAGCUGUUCCUGGCCAUUUUGUGUUCUCUUCGCCCAGAUCUGGUGGAUCUCUCCCAAGUCCAAACCAGCAGCCGUCUGGAAAAAUUGGAGAAGGCAUUUCACCUUGCUGAGAAAGAGCUGGGAAUCCCCAGACUGCUCGAGCCAGAGGACAUUGAUGUCAGUAACCCCGAUGAUAAGUCCAUAAUGACAUACGUUGCUCAGUUCCUGCAGUACUCCAAUGAUCUGCCUUCAGCUGAUGAUGAGUUUGAGGCUUCACCCAAUCAGAAAGCCAGAGAGAUGACAUGCUGGCUGCAGCGAGCCUAUCAGGAGUUACUGGAGGCAUGGACCGCCGCAGAAGGGAAGGGUUAUGCAGAAAAGUAUCAGGCAUUCCAGGACUUUGUAAGCACUUACUAUGACCAGAGAUCUCCAGUUAUCCCACUGCUUAAUGCAACAAAACGCUCUGCUAAACCCAGCGAGGACCAGCAAGCACUGAGGAAGACCUGGGAUACCAUGGAGGAGAAGAUGCACGAGUACAGAGCAGAGCUAGAUGUUUGUCUGCCAGCCCCUCUGAACAGACUGGGCCAGUGGCUUCAGCAUAUGGAGGCGGUGCUUUCUGAUGAGAGUGACACCAAAGAUCACGCCCGUGCUGCCAGAGAUGCCAGAAACAAGCAAGAGCGACUCAAAGUCUUCGUUAAGGACAUAAGUGAACACUCGGACACCCUUCAUCAUUACCGCAACACAGAUGAGAAUGGUUUUCCUCGGGUGCCUGAUGAGAAACUGGAUGAGAUCAAGAGACGUUUCACCAGUGCCAGAGUGGUAGCCAAGUACCACGACAUCAAGCUGCUGUACAGAGAGCAAAUGCAUCAUGUUUAUGACCUACUGGGACGUCUGAAGUCAAAACUGACCUUGUGGAGAGGACCUUACGGUUCUCAGGAGUCUGUAUGCUCUCUUCUACAGGACUGGCAUGACACCAUUGACAAGCAAGGACUGGUGUCGAGGAUAAAAGACGAACUCCAUAAGCUGAGAAACACAGCAGUCACAUACACAAACAAAGCAGCCCUAGCUGAAGACUCGCCUGCGGUGAACAAGCAAGUAAAAGAACUUGAGGAUGAAGCGAGGUUGAGCACAGAAGCCACAGAGGUGGUGAGGGGCACCAUGGAACGUGUGGUGGCUGCUUGGGAGUCCUACAAAGACUGCCUGUGUCUGUUACAGGUCUGGUUAGGGCAGGAGGAGGAACUACAAAAGCAGGAGUCUUCCAGCCUGUCUGAAUGGAGUUCACGUCAAGCCCAGCUGAACGAGGUGGGAAACUUUCUCAUGGAGAUGUGUGACGCCUCCACCAGCCGCUCUGUGUCUGAUGAGCUCAGCAGACUCAACAUGCAGUGGGCUGACUUUAUUAAAAGGACCAAAUUUGCAGUCCCUCAGCCCAUCUGUGCUGUCCCGGGUGUACAAGCUGCUCAGGGCCUGAUGCAGGAAACAGGCUGGGUGCUUAGAGAGGCAGUGGAGAUGUCGUCUGGACCUUUACGCAAAUACAGAAAGAAUCUCCAGCGUAUUGUCAAGAAGACGGCAGAGAUAGAUUUGCACUCAUUCUCUCCGUCUCCAGACUGCAAUGAAGAAACUCUUCAAAAACUAAGACAAACUCUUCCAGAGAUGUUAGAGACUCUUAACCGUGUGGACCAAGGGUGUGAAUCACUGCAGAGAGCAUCGUCUCUUCUAGAAGGCAGACUGGCCGAGCUUGAAAACUGGAGCACAGAGGCCCAAGAGGUCUGCCUUCAUCUUAAAGAAUGCCAACGUAGGGGACAACGGGGGCCACAUCCCAGGGCUAAAGCGCUGAUCACCAGAGGUUUACAGCUAGAGGGACAAGUGGUGACAGAAGUUGAAGAUCUGCAGGUUCUGUUGGCGUCAGUGCAAAAGAGCUGUCCCCUGCCUUACUUCAAUGCAUCAGGCCUACAGGACAGGGCGAAGCGGACUGUCUUACUGUGUCAGGAGGCUUUUGAGAUGCUCAGUUGUCAAGGAGUGAAGCGUGAAGGACAGUCUGAUGGCGACCAGCCACCUGCCAAAGUUAUCGUGCGUGCAUAUUCUCAACCUGAGCCCCAGUCUGGAACCUUUCAAAAAUAUCAGGCUCAAAUGUUCUCCGAAACCAGCAGACCUUCUUUAGAGAACCCGGUAGAGCCUCAAAACCCCAAAAGUCAUUCCUCUCAGUUGGACACCCAGCUGCAGGCCACCGACAGCAUGCAACCUAAAGUUCCCACUGUUACCAGUCCUCUGUUUCUAGAGGAACGCCCCAAAGAUCCAACAAAAGCCAUAUGCCAGGUACAACAGACAGAGGUCAAACUACCUUUGCUGUCAUCUGUUGUUGGCAGGACAACUCGCAUAGAACCCCAGAUGGAUGUUCAGGUUAUUUCUGUAGACUCGGGUCAAACCAGUAUCACCGCAUCAUCAGAAUCUCUCCAGACUCCUUCCUCACCAUCAUCCAACCCAAGCACCAUGCUACUCGAGCAAAACUUUGGCACUCCACCAAAAUCCCAACCUCAGACCUCUUUGGCCACCCCACAGCAAAGGCAAAGAUUUUUGUCCAAAAGUCACAGUCUUCCACUGCCCCAUGAGCCAUUACAAACACAGUCUUCGUCACCUACGUCCAGCCAAAGAACUGGACUCAAGAAAGUGACUCCACCUAAAACACCAAGUGAACAACACUCUGGUACAACCCCUCAAAAAUUGCAAGCCCAACGCUUUUUGGCCACCCCACACCAAAGGCAAAAGGUUCUGGCCAAAGGUCUAAGCUUUCCACAGACUCAUGAGCCAUCACAAACACCGGGAGAGGGAAAAGGGCAAACAAAAAAACAAAGUGUCCCACCCACGCAGCGAGUUGUUCCUCAUGUUCCACUACAGAAUGAAGUGUAUGCCAGAGCACAGGCUUUGGCCAAGAGCAGACUGGAAAGAGCCAAAAACCGCGUACAAGAACACAUACAGGAAGUCAUCGCUGUGUUUAGUAACACAGACUUGUCUAAAAAACAAGUCAGAAGAAAGCAGGCGGCAUCAUGGCUUCUCAGGCCGGCUGUGUUGGAGGAGUUUCUAGAGGCAGUGACAGGAAUGAAUGCCUUCUGCUCUGAUGCCCAACUCAAAGAGAUGGACCUCCUUUCCGAGUCGGUCAAGGCCCAGUGGGAGGCGGUCCGUGCAGCGAUAGCAGCCUUUUCGCCUGAUUCGGGGUGUAACCUGCCUGUUUUGAAAUGUCAGAUUAAAACUAACAGCUCCCCAUCUCAUGCAGAGUGUGUGCUCAACCAGCAGGUCUGUUCCACAGCAGGUGAGUCUUCAGAGCAUCUAGAAGCAUUGAGAAGCAUGAAUGAGAGUCUGCAGCCCUCAGAGACAUUUCAUGUCACCACCACUCACCGGAGGACACGCACUGAGAGGAUGGAGACCGUACAGCACCACUCGGACUCCACACCAUGCCAGGACAGCAGGGAGAAAGCUGUCCAGGAUUGCACCCCACUGGGAAAGUUUGCACUGAUUGAUGACCAAUCACAAAGCUUUAGCCCAUCACAGACCGUUGUCCAGACGACCACAGUGGAAAUAAAACUGAUACCUGAGAGGACCAUCGUCCACCCCUGCUCAGCACAGGAAGUGAAGGUGUCUCCACAGGAAGCACAGAUCAGCUACAGUGAUGCAAGGUCAGUGUUUCAGCAACAGCUGCUGAGGAACGAUCAGCAGAUAGGAUCCGAGUUUCCCAUCAACCCCAGCAGCAGCCCCAGCAUCCUAACUGACUCUCUGAAAAGUUAUCUGCAGCAGUUACUGGCUCUAAAGGAGCAGACGGAUGCACUGUGGUUUGAGUUUGAGCUUCAGUAUUCACAGCUUAAGGAGGACGGCUGCAACAUGGAGCAGGAGAGAUCUCAACUCAUUCAACAGUGGAGGGGGCAGCAGAUCUGCAUUCAGGCCCGAAUAAAGUCUCUUGAAAGUGCCAUAAAGCUGCUGGAAUCAGUGGACGUUCAGAUCAGACUGAUCUCUGAUCAGCUAAAUCAAAUCAGUCAGAAACCUGUUAAUAUUAGAAGCUUCACUGUUGAUCAAAGCAAAACUCUAUAUGAAGACCUAAAGCGUCUAGAGGAAAAUAUUGACAAAGAGCUCAAUCGCCUUCAUAAUGCUAAAGGUUCAGAUGAUCCGAGUCACAUCGAGCUCCAGUCCCAUCUGCAGCAAACUCUCCACAGCCGCUCUUUAUGCUUGGAGCAACACAAACAGCAUCUUAAAAAGAUUAAGUUGAUCCUGGUGGCUCUCGAGAACUUCCUAUCCCAUAUCCAACAGGUGAAUGAAGACCUCACUGCGGCUUCCAUCCAGCAAAGCCUUCAUCAGGCCAGUGAGGAAUCGGUUCAGCUAGACCGAAUUCUCGAUGACGCUUGCUUGAGAAUAGCUUCGGGUGAUGAACCGAGCAGCUGUCAUGAGAUAGUGUCAGCUAUGGUUCUGCGCGCGAAUGAGGUCGAGGCCAGACCGACUGAAGGGCCGAAGCGAGCAGGAAAAGGUGAGAAAGGAAGAGAGGAGGGAGAGCAGAGAGAGAGGUCGUUCGGUAGAAAGAUGGUGGUUCUUCAGGUCACGCUGAGAGAGGUGUUGGCAGCCUUGGAAAGACACGUGCUGAAGGAGCCCACACUUCCUGCUCUACAACAGAGGUUGCGCUUCCUCACAGACACAGAGUGUAAACUGGUUGCACUGCGCUCUGAGAUUCAGGAUCUGAGAGAUGCAUCUGCGCAUACAGGCACGUCAGACACAGGUCUCAGUGAACUGCAGACGCUAUGGGAAGAUGCUCACAGAUCAGUCACUGAGAGUCGUGAACAGUGCAUCACAUUGAUCGAACUCCUGAAGAAGUUCCAGAGCUGUCGUAAUGGUUUGAGCUGCACUUUGCAGAGAGCUGAGCAGACUAUCGGUGAUCAGGCCUCUUACAUGAGCAAAGACAAUCUACAGCUGUUGAUCAAUAAGGUCACCAGUAUAAAAUCAGAGCUGAAUGGCCUUGGAGACGGGGUCGAGGAGUUUAGAGCUGUGUGCAGACAGCUGCAGUCUCAGAUAAAAAUGAACCCAGACUGCGCAGACGCCCCAUUUGAGAGUGAGGCUGACACCUUAAUGGACCGCUGGCUUGAUGUCACUGAGAAGACAGAUUGCCACUUGGAAAACCUUAAGGCUGGGUUUUCACUUUGGGAAAAACUCCUCCUAUUGGCCGGAGAGGUGGAUGGCUGGACCGCCCAAAAGAUGAAGUCACUUGCUCAGACACACCCCUUCCAGACAGAGCAAGAUGUGUCUGCCAUGCAGGAUGAGCUGAGGACUCAGGAAGGCAACAUUGAACGUUUUCAUCGUAGAUCUUUAGAGAUUCAGGAUCUGCUGCAGAGUCCAGAGUUUCCGCUGGAGCUUCAGGUGAUUGAGAGCCAGCUGAGGAAAAAGAUGGAAGAGGUGAAGGAGAUCUUUGCAGAGACCAGUGAAGUUUUCACACAACUAGUAGCUGCUAAAGCUAAGGUGGCAUCUGAAAUAGCAAAACACAUGUCCUCUAUCCAGACCAUCACAAUUGUCCUAAACACAUUGACUGAAUGUGAUACACCACAGGUUCUCAAAACAAUCCAGGAUUUGUCCGAGCAGCUGCAGUUGGAAGCGGAGGAAUCAAAUGCUUCACUGCAGCAGAUUGGACUUCUGGCCAGCCUCGCAGGUCCAGAAAACCUGCAGACACUGGUUGAAGAUGGAGUUCGACUUCAAGAAAGCAUCCACAGAUCCAGAGAUCUGAUCAUGGAGAAGAAAGAGUGGGCAAUAAAUCCCAAUAGGCCUAAAGAGCUUCCGAUGGUACAAGAACACAUCAAGCCUAAAACAACACAAGAUCAUCCGACAAAAGAUACUUGGUGUCUUCAAACAGAGGAACAGUCACAGAGAGACCAGAUGCAGGACGUUCUCAGUUUCACGGAGUUGAAGCAGGAGGUUGUCACCUGGGACGGCGAUCUACAGGUUUAUGUUGAUAAAAACGGCCAGGCACUUGGGAGCUCUGUAGCCGUAAAGGUGGCCAUGGGUGAAAUUGAUUCACAUGCAUUAUCAACAGACAAACUGCAGCUUGCACAGUACACAGGCCCAGAAGAGGAAAAUGUGAUAUCAAGAAUUUCUAAAUCAGAGAAGGGCAGUACUGAAGCUCAGAAAGACGUGGAUGUAAUUACAUGUGAAACAAUACAGAGGCAAGUUGAACUUACCCAAAUGCAAACCUCUGGUGUCAUGGAGAUUGAUAUUAGAAAACAUGAUAAAGAAAAGCCGCAUCUGCUUACUAUUGAGAGGCAACGUGUAGUCACAGUCAGUGCAGACACAUCAGGCCAAAUGGAUUUAAAGACUGAAGAAAACAGUGGUUUGGGGUCUGGGGUUUGCCAUCAUGAUGUCACAAUGGUGGUUGCGGAUGAGGUCCCCAGUGACAAAACAACUGCACCAACCAAAGCUCACACAGACGAAGCAAGCAAAACAUUUAAAAAGCAUCCAGCCAUUGUUGAGUCAGAAUGCAUCCAGACUUCUGAGAUAAAGCCACUGUACACUACAGAUACUUCACUGAAUGUGCCAAUAAAUACAUCAUCUGUAGUGAGAUCUGAAGUCACAACACACAUUUCCACCACACUCCUCUCAGAAUCAAAGCCUCUACUUACCAUAGAAAUGGACUCAAAUCCUAGCGAAUCCAAUCAGGUCCCAUUGGCACGAAGCAUCCCAGUUUCUGCUGCAACUUGGGAUAGUAUCUUGGAUGCUCCUGAUAAAACCACAGAGCGUGAGCCAGAUACGGGUAAUAAUGAAGCUGAAGAAGACAUACGUGCAAUUCCACACUUAGAACCGGUGAUACCCGGACAGAAGCAAAGUACCCUUAUCCAGCUGAAAACCUCUGAGGUGAUGAAGAUUGACAUUAGAAAAAGUGAAAAAGAGGAGCCACAACAGAUGACUGUUCAAGGCCAACAUAAAAUUGUCACAUCAAGCCACAUGUAUGUCCACACUGAUCUUUCUACAUCAGAUGUUCAGUUUGAUGAGAACAACCCCAUUGAUACUGUCGAGACUCUACAUAGAGUUUCUGCAUCUGAUUUCAAGCCUAAACCUGCACACUCAUCAGCUAAACAACUUGCAAAGAAAGUAUUUACUGUCAUUUCAGAUAUUUUUUUACCUACAGCACCAUCAGACAGUUAUCAGUCACUGCAGCAAACACAAUGUGAUGAACCUGAAGACUCCUAUCGCUCACGUGAAUCCUCUCAUUCACAUAUCAAGAGUCAACACAAGAGCUCAGCUGACACUGAGAAACCUGAAGUAUUACACCCUGAACGAGUCCUGUCAGAAAAUGAUGUGAUAGCAAGUGUUUCUGAAUCAUCAAAUAGUAAUUUUAAAGCUCAAGAAGACAUCCAGCUAAAACAGAGUGAACCCUUUAUCUGCUGUAAAACCCCUGAGGUCAUGGAGAUUGAUAUUAGAGAGGUCAAAAAAGAGGAACCACAUCAUCUGACUGUAGAAGGCCAACAUACUAUCAUAAAAAUAACCAAAUCGAGCCAAAUGGAUUUUCAUAUUGGAGAUGACAGUGAUGUGGUGUCUGGAGUUCACCAGCAUGAUGUCACAAUAAUGGAGAGACAUGAGGAGGAGAUCACCAGUGACAAAAGCACUAAUGCACCUGACCCAGAGCUUUCAGGUGAAGUAAACAAAUCACCCCAAAAGCCUACACAAAUUACGAAGAGUAAAAAGAAGACUAGAAGACUAGAAUUAUCUGGCAGAGAACGCACAAGCAGUGUUAGUGAGUUAACAGACUCAGAAUGCAUUCAGACCUCAAAGACAGUUAGUUUCUCUUAUACUGGAGCUACCCAAAAUAAUACCACUAAUGACUGUUGCCAAGAUGUAUUAUCUUCACCGGAAUUGACACAAAAAGUAGUCACAGAUAAUAAGAACUUUCCCCUUGACCAUGACCCAGAUCAACAGCAGUCCAUAUUUAGAUCUAAAGAAGGGGAUGAAACCAGACGUGUAAUGACAGAAGAUGACAGAGAAUCCACUGAUGAUACAGAAGUGAAGUCAAGGGCAACUCAUGCUUCAUCCGGCGGUGAUUCACUCAACCCUGUUUUUACCACAGAACCAGACUCAAAUCUUAACAAACUCAACCAGAAUCUUAGUUUCCCAUAUCUUGAAACAAAACUGAGUACUGUUUCAGAUCAUGUUGAAUCUACUCGGGGACAUUUUGUUCCUAAACUUGAUGUCAGUCCUAAACCUAAGAAGGACUCAUCGACUGAUCUUGUGUCUUUUUUCCGAGAGUAUGAAGAGAUUUCAAGAACUGCAAAAAAAGUGUUUACUAAAGUUUUGGAUGUUGAUCAGUAUACAUCAGAUCAGCAUCAGUCACUGCACCUGACAAGAUUUGAGGAUCCUGAAGACUCUUGUCACGCAGAUGAAUCUUCUCAUUCAAAUAUCAAGUGUCAACACAAGAGUUUUUCUGACACUGGGAGGACUGAAGACCAAAACCUGGAAAAAGACCUUUCAGAAAAGGGUGAUAUUAAAUCAAAAAUCUCAGAAUCUGACAAGAACAAGUUUGAUGCUAAGGAUGAAAUUGAUGUAAAUCCAUUUGUGGUGUCAGUACAGCCUGAACAGACACAAACUACACUUAUCCAGAUGAAAACACCUGAUGUCAUGGAGAUUGACAUUAGCAAAGGUGAAAUAGAGGAACCACAUCAGAUGACUGUAGAAGGUCAACAUUCAGUCAUAAAAACAGUCACAUCACACCAAGUGCCUUUUCACACUGGAGAGGACAGUGAUUUGGGGUCUUCGCUCCACCAGCCUGAUGUCACAAAAGUUGAGACUCAUGAAGAUGAAGUUGCUGGUGACGAAAACAAACAUGCACAAGAGAAAAAGUUCUCAGAUAAACUGCCACGAAAGCCUCCAAAUAUUGCUAAGAGUAGAAAGAAGAACAGAAAAUCACCUGACACUGAACAGACGAGCAGUGUUGGCAAUAGAGAGCUGAAGAUGAGAGGUUAUAAACCUAAGAGCCCAACUGACUUAGACAUCCUUCAGACCUCUGAGAUAAAGCCACAGGACACUACAGAAACAUCAGUGACUGUGUCUUCAGAAUCUUGUCAGUCAAUCACAGAGACUGUAGAUCAACAUUCAGUGACUGUUAGCGCAUCUCAUGCUGUAGCUGAAAGUACUAAUGUCACAGUUGUCUGCUCUCCUUAUGAUGUCGCCUUAACAGAAGUGAAAUCUGCACAAUCUGUACACAAAAAUGCCUCUACAAAAAGAGCAACUGAUGCAACACAAAUUCCUACCACAACGAGCUCAGAGUCAAAACUUGACAGCCAUCCUGAAGCACAGAGAUCAACCCAUCCAUGCCAGGACACAGAUAAACAGAAAUCCAUUUCUGUCUCUGAAGAGAGGGAUGAAACUCUACCUGUAAUAAGAGAUAAUGUGAGAGAGUCAACUGAUGAUACAGAUGUGAAACCAAGUGUCACUCAUGACUCAUCUUGUGAGGGGCCACUCAACCCUGAAACCCCAACAGCUGUCCUUGACAUAGAAGAGGGAGAUUUUGCAUCUGAAUCUGAUGUAAAGCCUAAAUCAAAGAAAGACUCAUCAGCUAAACAACUUGCAAAGAAAGUAUUUACUGUCAUUUCAGAUAUUUUUUCACCUACAGCACCAUCAGACAGUUAUCAGUCACUGCAGCAAACACAAUGUGAUGAAUCUGAAGACUCCUCUUACACGCGUGAAUCCUCUCAUUCACAUAUCAAGAGUCAGCACAAGAGCUCAACUGACACUGAGAAACCUGAAGUCUUAACACCUAAAGGUACCCAUUCAGAAAAUGAAGAAGUGACAUCAAGUGUUUCUGUAUCAGAGAUGGGUAAUAUUGAAAGGCGGAAAGAGAUCCAUCCUGGACAGACAGAAACACCUAUACAGCUGAAAACAUUUGAGGUCGUAGAGGUUGACUUUAGAAAAGAUCAGAAAGAGGAACCACAUAAGCUGAUUGUAGAAGGCAAUGAUUCAGUCAUUAAAACAGACACAUUAAGUCACUUUGAUGCUCACACUGAUGACAGUGAUGUGGUGUCUGGAGUUCACCAGCAUGAUGUCACAAUAAUGGAUAGACAUGAGAAGGAGGAGGUCACCAGUUACAAAACUGCAAAUGCACCAGACACAGAGCUCUCAGGUGAAGCAAACAAAUCACCCCAAAAGUCCACAAAAAUUACUAUGAGCAGAAAGAAGACUAGAAAAUCAUCUGGCAAAGAACAAGCAAGUAAUGUCAGUAGUAGAGAUUUGAAAACUCCUCAUUCCAAACAUGCAAACACAACUGACUCACAAUGCAUUCAGUCCUCUGACAUAAGACUACCAGACACCACAGAUACAUCACUGAAUGUGUCUUCAGAUUCUAGUCAGUCAAACACUCCAGUGUCAUUGAAUACAGAGGAUAAACAACCAGAAGAAUUGCUCACCAUACAGACAGAUACCAAAAGUUUCCUACCUACAGAAUAUAUGGAUAAACAGUCAGAGACAGUUACCAUCACUCAUGCUGCAACUGCCCAUACUGAUACCACAGAUGAUCAUCCUUCAGAUGAUGUGGCCUUAACAGCAGUGGAAUCUGUGCAAUCAAGACAUUCAGAAACCUCAAAAUCAAUGCCAACAAAUGUUUCAGAUUUUGUGAGAGCUGAAUGUACAACACAAAUUCCUCCGACACUCCCAUCAGAGUCAAAACUCAGCGUUCAGUCUGAAACACAGUGGAUCCCUUUGCAGGUGGAGAUUGGCAGUGCAGUUGAUGACAUGGAUCAUAGGAGCUUAAAACUCAUACCUAUUGAGGAAUACAAAAAAACACAAGAUGAAUUACCUUCCCAUAAAUCAACACAAAAAGCAGCCACAGAUGUUGAGAACCUCCCAGCAAACCAGGACCCAGAUCAACAGCAGUUCAUAUCUAGAUCUGAAGAGAGGGAUGAAACCAGACCUGUAAUGACCGAAGAUGACGGAGAAUCCACUGAUGAUACAGAAGUGAAGUCAUAUGCAACUCAUGCUUCAUCCUGCGGUGAUCCACUCAAUCCUGAAUUUUCAACACUUGUCCUUAUCACAGAACUAGACUCAAAUCUUAACAAACGCAACCAGAAUGUUAGUUUCCCCCAUCCUGAAACAAAACUGAAAACUGUUUCAGACGAUCAGCUUGCUGAGAACAUCAACACAAAUCAUGUUGAACUUGCUCAGGGAGAUUUUUCUCCUGAACCUGAUCUCAGUCCUAAACCCGAGAAAGACUCAUCAACUGAUCUUGUGUCUGUUUACCCAGAGAAUGAAGAAGCUGCAAGAUCCGGAACUGCAAAGAAAGUACUUACUAUAGUUUUGGAUGUUGAUCAGCCUACAUCAGAUCAGUUUCAGUCACUGAACCUGACAGAAUUUGAGGAUCCUGAAGACUCUUCUCAUACAAAUAAACACUGUCAUUCAGAUAUCAAGAGUCAACACAAGAGUUCUACAGACACUGAGAAGACUGAAGACCAAAACCUGGAAACAGGCCUUUCAGACAAGAGUGAUAUGAAACCAUUUGUGGUGCCAGUACAGGCUGAACAGAAACAAACUACACUUGACCAGCUGCGAACACUUGAUGUCACAGAGAUUGACAUUAGCAAAUGUGAAAAAGAGGAUUCACAUCAGCUGACUGUAAAAGUUCAACACCCAAUCAUAAAAACAGACACAUCAAACCAAGCUGGAGAAGAUUUGGGGUCUUUGCUUCACCAGCCUGAUGUCACAGUAGUUGAGACUCAUAAGGAUGAAGUCAUUGCUGACAAAAACAAACAUUCACAAGACAAAAAGUUUUCAGAUGAAGCAAAGAAACCACUGCGAAAGCCUCCAAAUAUUGCUAAGUGUAGAAAGAAGAACAGAAAAUCACCUGACACUGAACAGACAAGUAGUGUUAGUAGUAGAGAGUUGAAGAUGCCAAGUUGUGAACAUGAGAGCCCAACUGACUCAGAAAUCCUUCAGACCUUUGAGAUAAUGCCACAGGACACUGCAGUAACAUCACUGACUUGGUCUUCAGAAUCUAGUCAGUAUAACACAGAGACUGUAGAUCAACAUCCUGCAACAAAAUGUGAUGAUACUUCAGCUGUUAAUGAUGAAACCACAGGGACAUCAGGGAAUAGUUUGAAAGACUUAGAAGUCGAGCAGUGUUUUGAUGUUACUGCAGAUAAAGAACAUGCUGUAUCGAGCUCUUCUGAUGAACAGCAACCAAAGAAGAUCAGCACUGUUUGUUCAGGCACUGAUCUUUCUACAUCAUAUGUUCAGUUUGAUGAGACCAUCCACACUUAUAGUGCUGAGACUCUGCAGGGAGAUUUUGUUCCUGAAUCUGAUUUCAAGCCUAAAUCAAAGAAAGACUCAUCAGCUAAACAACUUGCUAAGAAAGUAUUUACUGUCAUUUCAGAUAUCUUUUCACCUACAGCACCAUCAGACAGUUAUCAGUCACUGCAGCAAACACAAUGUGAUGAACCUGAAGACUCCUCUCACACUCGUGAAUCCUCUCAUUCACAUAUCAAGAGUCAGGACAAGAGCUCAGCUGACACUGAUAAAUCUGAAGUCUCACACCCUGAAAGAGUCCUGAUGGAAAAUGAUGAUGGGACAUCAAGUGUUUCUGUAACAGAGGCGGGUAAUAUUAAAGCUCAGGAAGACAAACAGUUAGGACAGACAGAACCCUCCACCAAGCAGAAAACCCUUGAGGUCACAGACACUGAUAUUAGAGAAAGUGAACAAGAGGAACCACAUCAACCAACUGUAGAAAGCAAAGAUAAAAUCAUAAAAACAGACACAUCAAGUCACUUUGAUGUUCACACUGGAGAUGACAGUGAUGUGGUGUCUGGAGUUCACCAGCAUGAUGUCACAAUAAUGGAGAGACAUGAGGAGGAGGAGGUCACCAGUGACAGAAGCACAAAUGCACCAGACACCGAGCUAUCAGGUGAAGCAAACAAAUCACCUCAAAAGCCCACAAAAACUACUAAGAGCAGAAAGAAGACUAGCAAAUCAUCUGGCAAAGAACACACAAGCAGUGAUAGAAAUGUAGAGUUGAAGACUCCUGACUCAACUGACUCAGAAUGCAUUCAGUCCUCUGACAUAAGACUACCAGACACCACAGAUACAUCACUGAAUGUGUCUUCAGAUUCUAGUCAGUCAAACACUCCAGUGUCAUUGAAUACAGAGGAUAAACAACCAGAAGAAUUGGUCACCGUACAGACAGAUACCAUGAAUCUCCUACAAACAGAAAUUAUGGAUGGACAGUCAGAGACUGUUAUUUAUUUUACUGGAUCUGUCCAUACUGAUACCACAGAUGAUCAUCCUUCAGAUGAUGUGGCCUUAACAGCAGUGGAAUCUGUGCAGUCAACACAUAGAGAAACCUCCAAAUCAAUGCCAACAAAUGCUUCAGAUUUUGUGAGAGCUGAAUGUACAACACAAAUUCCUCCAAUGCUACCAUCAGAGUCAAAACUCAGUGUUCAGUCUGAAACACAGUGGAUCACAUUAUCAGACAGCAGUUUAUCUUUGAAAUCAAGUGAAACUCAUGCUUCAUCCUGGUGUGAUCCACUCAACCCUGAAACCCCAACACCUGUCUUUACCUCAGAACUAGACUCAGAUCUUGACAAACUCAACCAGAAUCUUAGUUUCCCAGAUCCUGUAACAAAAUUAAAUACCGUUUCAGAUGAUCAUCUUGACGAAAACAUCCCCACUGAUUAUGUUGAACCUGCUCAGGGAGGUUUUGGUCCUAAACUUGAUGUCAGCCCUAAACCUGAGAAGGAUUCAUCAACUGAUUCUGUGUCCGUUUACCCAGAGAAUGAAGAAGAUGCAAGAGAGGCAAAGAAAGUAUUUACUAUAAUUUUGGAUGUUGAUCAAUCUGCAUUACCAUCAGAUGGAUCACUGCACCUGACACAAUUUGUGGAUCCUGAAGCCUUUUCUCACUUAGAUGAAUCCUCUCAUUCAGAUAUCAAGAGUCAACACAAGAGUUCUUCUGACACUGAGAGAGCUGAAGACCAAAACCUGGAAAGAGGCCUUUCAGACAAGAGUGAUAUAAAAUCCCAAAUCUCUGAACCAGUUAAGGAUAUGUUUGAAGCUCAGGAUGAAAAAGAUACAGUACAGCCUGAACAGACACAAACUACACUUAUCCAGAUGAAAACACCUGAUGUCAUGGAGAUUGACAUUAGCAAAGCUGAAAAUGAGGGCUCAUAUCAGAUUACUGUAGAAGGUCAACACACAAUCAUAAAAACAGACACAUCAAGCCAAAUUGAUGUCCACACUGGAGAAGACAGUGAUUUGGGCUCUUUGCUUCACCAGCAUGAUGUCACAAUAAUGGAGAGACAUGAGGAGGAGGUCACCAGUGACAAAACAACAAAUGCACCAGACACAGAGCCCUCAGGUGAAGCUAACAAAUCAUCCCAAAAGCCCACAAAAAUGAUUAAGAGUUAAAAGAAGACUAGAAAAUCACCUGACAAAGAACACACAAGCAGUGUUAGCAGUAGAAAAUUGAAGACACCUAGCUGUAAACAUGAGAGCACAACUAAUUCAGAAAUUCUUCAGACCUCUGAGUUAAAACUACAGGACACUGCAGUAACAUCACUGACUGUGUCUUCAGAAUCUAGUCAGUCAAACAUAGAGACUGUAGAUCGACAUUCAGUGACUGUUAGCAUCUCUCAUGCUGGAGCUGAAGGUACUAAUGUCACAGAUGUCUGUUCUCUGGAAGAUGUGGCCUUAACUGAAGUGAAAUCUGAACAGUCAGUACACACUGAAGCCUCUACAGUAGUGUCAACUGAUGCUUCAGAUGUUGAGAUAUUUGAGUAUACAACACAAAUUCCUCCCACACCGAGCUCAGAGUCAAAACUUGACAUCCAUGCUGAAGCACAGAGAACAACCCAAUCACGCCAGAACACAGAUAAACAGCAAUUCAUUUCUGCCUCUGAGGAGAAGGAUGAUACUGGACCUGAUUUAAGAGAUGCUGAACAUCUGCAGGGAGAUUUUGCAUCUGAAUCUGAUUUCAAACCCAAACCUGAGGGACACAUAUCAGCUAAACAACUUUCAAAGAUAGUAUUUACUGUCAUUUCAGAUAUCUUUUCACCUACAGCACCAUCAGACAGUUAUCAGUCACUGCAGCAAACACAAUGUGAUGAAUCUGAAGACUCCUCUUACACUUGUGAAUCCUCUCAUUCACAUAUCAAGAGUCAUUACAAGAGCUCAUCUGACACUGAUAAAUCUGAAGUCUCACACCCUGAAAGAGUCCUGUUGGAAAAUGAUGAUGGGACAUCAAGUGUUUCUGUAACAGAGGCGUGUAAUAUUAAAUCUCAGGAAGACAAACAGUUAGGACAGACAGAACCCUCCACCAAGCAGAAAACCCUUGAGGUCACAGAUACUGAUAUUAGAGAAAGUGAACAAGAGGAACCACAUCAACCAACUGUAGAAAGCAAAGAUAAAAUCAUAAAAACAGACACAUCAAGUCACUUUGAUGUUCACACUGGAGAUGACAGUGAUGUGGUGUCUGGAGUUCACCAGCAUGAUGUCACAAUAAUGGAGAGACAUGAGGAGGAGGAGGUCACCAGUGACAGAAGCACAAAUGCACCAGACACCGAGCUAUCAGGUGAAGCAAACAAAUCACCUCAAAAGCCCACAAAAACUACUAAGAGCAGAAAGAAGACUAGCAAAUCAUCUGGCAAAGAACACACAAGCAGUGAUAGAAAUGUAGAGUUGAAGACUCCUGACUCAACUGACUCACAAUGCAUUCAGUCCUCUGACAUAAGACUACCAGACACCACAGAUACAUCACUGAAUGUGUCUUCAGAUUCUAGUCAGUCAAACACUCCAGUGUCAUUGAAUACACAGGAUAAACAAUCAGAAGAAUUGCUCACCAUACAGACAGAUACCAUGAACCUCAUACAACCAGAAAUUAAGGAUAAACAGUCAGAGACAGUUAUUAUCUCACAGGCUGCAGCUGUCAGCAGUGAUACCACAGAUGAUCAUCCUUCAGAUGAUGUGGCCUUAACAGCAGUGGAAUCUGUGCAGUCAAGACAUUCAGAAACCUCAAAAUCAAUGCCAACAAAUGCUUCAGAUUUUGUGAGAGCUGAAUGUACAACACAAAUUCCUCCAAUGCUACCAUCAGAGUCAAAACUCAGCGUUCAGUCUGAAACACAGCGGACCACAUUAUCAGACAGCAGUUUACCUUUGCAGGUGGAUACUGGCAGUGGAAAGGAUGACAUGGGUCAUAAAAGUUUAAAACUUAUACCCAUUGAGGAAAACAGACGAACACAGGAUGAAUUGGCAUCACUUGAAUCAACAGAAAAAUCAGUUACAGAUGUUGAGAGCAUCCCACCAGACAAGGACACAGAUCCACAGCAGAUUAUAUCUAGAUCUGAAGAGAGGGUUGAAACAAGACCUGUGAUGACAGAAGACGACAGAGAAUCCACUGAUGAUACAGAAGUGAAAUCAAGUGAAAUUCAUGCUUCAUCCUGCGGUGAUCCACUCAACCCUGAAACCCCAAAACCUGUCUUUACCACAAGACUAGACUCAGAUCCUAACAAACUGAACCAGAAUCUUAGUUUUCCAGAUUUUGAAACAAAAUUAAAUACUGUUUCAGAUGAUCAGCUUGAUGAGAACAUCCUCCCCGAAUAUGUUGAAUCUACUCAUGGAGAUUUUGGUCCUAAACUUGAUGUCGGUCCUAAACCUGAGGAGAACUCAUCAGCUGAUCCUAUGUCUGUUACUCUUACCCAGUUGAAAACACCUGAUGUCAUGGAGAUUGACAUUAGCAAAGGUGAAAUAGAGGAACCACAUCAGAUGACUGUAGAAGGUCAACAUUCAAUCCUAAAUACAGACACAUCAAACCAAGUGGAAGUCCACACUAGAGAAGCCAGUGAUUUGGGCUCUUUGCUUCACCAGCCUGAUGUCACAAUAAUGGAGAGACAUGAGAAUGAAGUCGCUGGUGACAAAAACAAACAUGCACAAGAUAAAACGUUCUCAGAUGAAGCAAACAAAACACUACAAAAGCCUCCAAAUAUUGCUACAGGUAGAAAGAAGAACAGAAAAUCACCUGAAACUGAACAGACAAGCAGUGCAAGUAGUAGAAAAACUAAAAUCCCAACUGACUCAGAAAUCCUUCAGACCUCUGAGAUGAAGCCUCAGGACACAACAGAAACAUCCGUGACUGUGUCUUCAGAAUCUAGUCAGUCAAACAUUUCAAAAGCAGAAUGCAAACGUCCUGGAGCAAUGGACACAGUGCAAAAAUCUUUUAUCAUCUCUGAAUCAUAUUUAAAUACCUCAGAUGACCAUCCCCCAGAAGUUGUCCAUUCAACGUCAUCUGUACAGUCAACACAUGCAUGGGCUUCACAACCAGUGCCAACAGAUCCUUCACCUUGUGUGAGAGUUGAACAAACAGCACAUUGUCCCACAACACUCCCAUCAGAGUCAAAACUCAGCAGUUACACUGAUCCACAGAGAACUGAAGUGUUGGAUAGCAGUUUACUUUUGCAGAUGACCUCUGACAGUGCAGUAGAUGACAUCGAUUAUAGGAGCGAAACAGUCGUACCUAGUGAGGAAAACAGAGGAACACCAGAUGUAACACAUGCAUCUUUCUCAAUGCAACAUGAAACCACAGAUGUGAAGAGCCUCCCACAGGGCGAGGACACAGGGAAAUGGCAGUUCAUGUUUGUACCUGAAAAGAGGGAUGAAACUCAACCUGUAAUAAGAGAUGACUGUGAUGAUACAUGUGUGAAAUCAGGUGUCAGUCAUGACUCAUCAAGUGUUCGUUCACUCAACCCUGAAAUCCCAAAACCUGUUCUUACCACUGAACUGUUCUCGGAUCCUACCAAACCCAAACAGAUCUCAUUGGCACAACUAGAUUCUGCAACAUCAGUUGUUCAUGAUGAAACCACCGAGAUGUCGGAGAAUAGGUUGGAAGAUUUGGAACAAUGCGUUGAUGUAGCUACAGAUGAACAACAUGCUGUAACAAGUGAAAUCUCUCAUUCAGAUAUCAAGAGUCAUCACAGGAGCUCCUCUGACACUUGGAAACCUGAGGACCAUGGAAUAGGCCCUAUAGAAAAGGAUGAUGCGAUAUCAGGUGUCUCAGAGAAGGAUAAUGAAGCGGACAUGGAUGUAAUUCCAUAUGUGGAAUCGGUAGACAUACACAUGGCUGCCUCCGAAAGCCUUCAGACAUCUUUGCUGGACGUCACAGAUUCAUCACUGAAUGUGUCUGACGACAGUAGUCAGUCAGACACUACAGUGUCGUUGAAAACAGAAGGCACUGUAGAGAAACAUUCAAUGGUAGACCCACAGUCAGAGACUGAGGAUAAACAUACAAAGACGGUUAGCUUGUCUCUUGCUGGAGCUGUCCACACUGAUGCCGAAGAUGAAUGUCCUCCAGAUGAUGUGAUUGUAACAGCAUUGGAAUCUGUGCAGUCCAUGGCAACAGAUGUUUCAGCUGAGUGUGUCACACAAAUUCCUACAACACUCACAUCAGAGCGAAAAGUCAGAUUCAAAAUCAUCCACACUGAAGAACAAGGAACUGAUGAUUCAGGUAGCAGUUUCCAUAUGCAGAAUGAAGAAGAAAUGCGCAAAUCUAAUCCGGAUCAAUCUGGGAGGCACAAAUUCUCCCGAAAAACAAGGUCAGAAUCAGAUGGCGAGGAUAAGACGAGGCAGGCAGAGCACCCUGCAGGGGCACAUGUGUGGACUGUUUUAAGAGACUCUGUCACUAAUGUUCAGCCACUUGUGGCGACCAGCCAUGUUUCUGAGGAGACCAGGUCAAGGGAGGCUGCUUGCCUUCAGCACUCAUUGCUUACAGAGUCAGAGAUCAGUCUGGCAUGGACUCUCCUGCAGGUUUUUAGAUGCCGGUACAGACCAGCACAACUUAGCAUUUCACAUACGACCCUCCAGCUGGAAGAAGCUGAGACCUGCAGGCAUUGUGUCCUGGAGCAGGUGGCUAGACUACCUCAUUAUGAAGCUAGCAGAGAGCCCUCAACAGAGGUCAAGCCGAGCUUGGAGGGAAGAUGCAAUGCAGCACUGAUGAAUGCCUCUACCAUAGUAGAGUUUAAAAUAGCACAGCUUCAGCUGGUUACACAGUACCGCCAACAAACCUGCACUCUUACAGAUACACUGCAAUCCCUGGAAGAAGAGUUCAGCACAAUAACACUCGAUUUUAUUGAAAGCAGCGCCCUGCAAGCAGAAAAGCUGAGAGCAUUUUUGAAGAGCAUGCAGAAUAAGAAAGGCAUGCUUGAGGAGCUCCUACAAACUUGCUGCCAGAUCUCAACCCACCUGGGUGAGGCAGAGGGGCCCGUGGCCUGCUUUGAACCUGUCAGGACCUUGCAAGAAAGAUGGCAGACUCUGGAAGGCACUGCUGGAAGGAGUCUAUGGCAAGCUAACAUUUGCACUGCAGAAGUUUCUGCACUUUUACAAGAGUUUGCAGAGCUACGACGUAAACUAGAGAUCCUCGAGAAGUCAGUCUCCCCAUCAGACCCAUCUCGGGGACAGUUAGACUCUCAAAAUGCACUCCAGCAAGCUGUAAAAUCUGCAGACAUGGUAGCGUUGAAGGAGCAUUAUCUGUACCUCCUUGAAAUUUCACAAGCUCUUUCUUCAAGUCCACUGGGAAGGAAGGAGCUUGGCGAUGUGGAGGAUGCCAUGCAUGGUCUGAAUUCUCAACUUGCUUUGACUCAAGAGAAGCUCAGCUCUCACACUUACAACAGCAGCGAUUGUUCACCCAUCAUAAGGAUUAUAAGGGACUACUAUACAUCGGCCAAACAAACAGAGUGCAAAAUCAAGAGAAACUGGAGGUUGUCUUUGUUUCCAGAAGAGGCAAGUCACCAGGUCAACCACAUGAAGAAACUGCAGUCGGAAAUAUCUCAGAAGAGCACUCGGCUUGCUUCUGUUUUGAAAGACCUGAGACAAGAAGUUACAGGACUCAGUGAAACCGAUUCCAUAGCCAUGUCACCCACACUCAGUUCUUUAGAGGAGUUGUAUGUUAAUCUUUCAGAGAAGGUUAACAGUGCUGUUGAAGAAAUGAACAGAAUGUUGCACUACAGAGAACGACUUUGGAAGCAGAUUGUUGACAGCAGCUCUUGGCUAACCUCAGUUUUGGAGAAGGAGUCUGGUAAAUCCAUGGCGUCUGAACUGAAAACGACCAUUCCUGAAUUGAGGGUCAAGCUUCAGAUAUGCACAGAAGCUCUAAAGGAAUCUGAGAGACAAGCAAAUAACCUACAAACGUUGUUAGAUGAAACCAAGAGCAUAAAUCAGGACCUAAGCGUAUCAGAAGCAUUUCAUCUUGUUGACAAGCUUACAGCCCUACAUGAAGAAGUUUCCAAGGUUGUGAAUCGUAAAUGGGCCUCACACUGGGUUCUUGAAGAGCUUCUUCAUGCUCAGGAAUCCUCGGCAGAAGAACAGAACAUCAUUCAGAAGAGUUUGAGACAGAUCAAAGCUGACAUCAUGAGGCAAACGUAUCCUGUAACAAGGGAUUCGCUUUUGGCUCUUGAGCCUGUCAAGCACAUGCUAAUGGAGCUUCUGUGUAAAGUACAAGAAAUUCCACACUGUCCAGAACAUCGGAGAAAUGAAUUGCUUCACACGAUAACAGACUUACAGAGCAGAAUACAUCUGCUGGACCAGCAAGCCACAGGGCAGAAGGAGUACCUCAGUUUAAGGCAGCAAAUGGAGAACACCAGAAAGGCGGUGGAGAAGAGUCAGCCACGGAUUGUUGAUACGAGCGUAGACGCUAACGCAAGACUACAUUUCUGUCAGACUCUUCUAGUGGAGCUACCUCUGGUGAAAUUAACAUGUCAAGAGGCCGCUGAUCACCUGGAGGCCAUUGCAAAAGAUCUCUAUCCGCCCCAGCUGACAGCAGAAAGGCAGAGGAUCCGUCGGACAGUUGAGCAGCUGGCUUCAUUGGAGUUCACAGCCAGUAAUGAAGCUAAAACCAUAGGAGGCCGUCUGAUGGAGGGUCACAGCAGCUCUACAGAACUGGGUGCGGUUAGUGACUUACUCAACAGUGUCAGACAAGAGCUGAAGGAGACUGCUUUGGAGCCGGAUAAUCGGGCUAUUGAUGCAGAGCUGCGAAAGUACUGGACGCUGGUUAGGACUGUGGAAUUUGCACUGCAAAUGUUGGCAAGCUGCGAGAGGAAAGCAAAAGCUGAAAACUACAAGAAAACCAUCAGUCUUGGCCAAACAACUCUUAAAGACUGCCAUAUGCAUAUGGACAAGCUGCUCCAGGCUCGGGAAGCACUGAAACGUUACCGCUGGGCCAUUCAGAGCGCAGUGAGCUUUUGUCAGCAGAUCGAUUACAAUCUCAUGAAGCCCUCUGUCAGCUUCAAAAACUGCCAGGAGGAACAGCGGCAUAUUCAGCAGACUCAUACCCAUUUGUUUGAGGGUUUCCAGGCCCACUUAGCUGAAGUUAGUGCUUGCGUACCCCAGCACUCAUGUCUCUCCAUACCGCUAACAGAGCAACUUCAUAUCCAGGUUUUGAGUCACCUUUUAGUCCAAGAUGCCAAAUUAAAAGCCCAGGCUCAUCUUAGGCUCCAGGCCUUACAAAGAUACAUGAGAGACCAAAGUGUGCACAGAAAUCACCAUGACGAAAUGAAGCAGCUUCUUAAAAACAUCAAUUCUGAAAUCUCAAAAUGCUUAAGCCAGAAACUGACUCAUUUAGAUGCCUGCCAGGACCAGCGGCUGAAAGUAAAGGUGCUCCAGACAGAAAUGAGGAACCUUGCUGAAAGGUUGGAGGAGUUGGGUAAGAGCUGCCCGGGUCGACGCUGCAAUGUACCCUCUGAUCUAAUGCCGGGACAUCUGUGGAGGUGUUGGGCUCUACUGCAGUGCAAAGUGGAAUCACUCAAAGCCAGUGCAUCUCAUAAAGAAGCCGAGUGGAAUGAAUUGGGAACACAUCUUAAUAAAUCCAAGGAGGGUCUUGACAGAGUGCAAAAAGAUCUUUCUGCUUUAUCUGUGGUGACGGGAUCCCUGGUGGAGCUUCAGCGUGUUCUUAACCUCUCAGAGCACCUUCAGGACAGGAUUGAACAGGAGCACCACACCCUGACAUCUCUACAACACCACAUGGCACGAUUGCUUUGGGUCUCAAAUCUGCAGCAGCUGAAUGUGUCUCCUCAAAUCUGUACGGACUUGCAGUCUGUGCAGGGUCACUGCAGGAGUAUCAGAGAUCAGAGCAGUGAGAUCCGUCGAAAGGUGCUUUUUGAGAUCCAAGAGCUGGGUCAGGUCCAGGAGGAGAUGGGUGCCAUUCAGCAGAAUGUUCUUUCGCUAUUGACCAUUUUACAGUCAGAGUCGGCUGCUGAACGUUUGCAGGCUGUUAAAGUGGAACUGGUCACACAGAAAGCGAGAUUGGAGGAUGUCAUGGACAGAGUGCAGAAGAAGUGGAGCUGCGUGCCCGCGGAGAUUCAGACUUUACAGGAAGAGCUUGCUGUUUUAAUUCAGGAGGCGAAAGAAAAAUUUGGAGUGGUUAUGGAAACGAGUGGUCCUCUUCACAAAAUGGGUGAGCGGGUGAUGGAAGUGACUGUCAGGUUGAAUUGCGUGAAGGGCCUGCUGCAGCAAAAAAGCCCAACUUUCUCUGAAGCUGAACGUACACAAAAGCGUAUAUGGGAUGAGCUGGAUCAGUGGCACACUCGGAUAGCUGAGCUAGAAGCUGAAGUUCAGGAGUUGGCUGAGGAGCAGCCCGAGAGAGCACAUGUCCUUAUGGACCAGCUCACUGAACCACUGCAGCUCUACCAGACCACAGCCAAGCAGGCGGAGCAAAGGACAGCCCUGAUCAGCAAAAUCCCUGGCUGUCUGCAGGAAUUUGAGUGUUUGCGCAAUAGCUCCACCUGCUGGUUGAGAGAGGCCCAGUCCUGGCUGGUUGCCCCCAGAAUUUACACCACUGCAAAAUGUCUCCACGGCCAUGCCAACUCACUCAAGAUGAUACUGGAUGAAUCAGAUGGAUACAGAGCAUCUCUAGAGGCUUUCCAGGCCGUCCUGCAGGAGAUCAGUCCAGUGUGUGACAACAGCUCUCGAGAAAAGUUUCUCCAGCAGGCUAUUCAGAACAUCACACACCUUCAGCAAAGCGUUCUGGAGCCUCUGUCAAACCAUCAGAACCUAGCAGCUGAGAUGGAUGCUAUUGAAACAGAGGUAAAGACGAUGGAGGAAAAUGUGACAAAGAUCAGAGAAAUCCUUUCCACCAAUGACACUGAGAACACAUCUCCUGAGGAGCAUCUGCAGAACAGAGAGAUCAUCCUAGCUAACAUCCAGUCCAUGAAGAGGACCAUUGAUGAGAUUGAGAGCUGCAGGGCAAAUCUGGGGCUUCCCGCAGGAGCAGAACAAACUCUCACAGCUUUCCACUGGGCCCGAGAGCUCCUGCAGCCCAUCCAGGAGCUCCAGCAGCUCAGUGAGGAGGAGAGCGCAGCGCUCAGGGCCUCUCUUGGUCAACCAGCUGAAAUGAUCCCCACUUCUGAUCAAACCACUGGAUUCACUUUGCCACACCUCUCCACUGGAGAAACGCAGGUGUCAACAGACAGCUCUUACAAUGACGAUGAAGAAGACGGCAGUCAGUCAUCAUCCUCAGGAACUCUCACAUGCAGCGUUCCAGAGGACCUAGAUGAGAAACCAACAGAAGAAUGGGAGAAUGAAACAACUGCCGAAGCAAAGUGUGUCACUAAGAAAUCUUUUCCAGAAGAUGUGAAGGUGGAUUUGGCCGCAGCCCAGAAUGCGUCAGUGUUGCAGAAAUCGAACCAAGGGCAUUGUUUACCGGAUCCUCAGCUCUCUGAGAUAUCUGUGACAGACGACAGAUCAGUUACUGAGCAUAUUACCUGUCCUGCUGCACCGACACUCCAACACUUUGAAGUGUUUACAAAUCAAAGUUAUCCAGAACCCAAUGUACCGAAAAAAGAUACAGUUUUAAGUACAGAGGAAGAUGAGAACAAACACCCGGUUACCAAGGUAACCGCAGCAGUCCCCGCAAAGCCUGGAACAGACUCGAACAACACCAUGUUAAAAACCAGUGAUACCAGUGAUUUGACCAAAGAGUCUUUAGAUGAGAACAAAGGAUUUAUAACCAUAGAAACAGACACAAGGGAUCAAGUGAACCUGCCUGUCCGUAAGAAAGUCUCAAACUCACAGGCAUCUGACAGAGAAGCAGAAGUUGCUGAUGGUGACCAAAACAAGCCUGGAGGCAUUACAACUGAUCCAAGGACACAGCCGCCAGAUUUCACAACUUCGUCCAUUGUGCUUGCUUCACAAGAUACUAAAUCACGGGAAGAAAUGACACUGGAGAUGAAGUGUGAGAUAAAAGAGCAGAAAGAUCUGAUUGAGAUCAUUGCUCACCAGAGCAACAUCCAGCCUCAGCAACACACAUUUGCAACAACAUUCAGUGAUUUGGCACAGUCUAAAGGAGGGGAAGAUGAAGAGAGUUUGGCCCAAAUUCUCCUCAGAUUAAAGGAAAGACCGGAGACUCCAGCAUCAUGCCAGGAUUCAGCAGAGACUAUAGAGAAUCUGUCAGAGAGUGACGUGUUUAAAGCCAGAGAAUCUCAGACCUUAACUAAACUCAUCAAGGACUCUGCCUGUCUGAAGGGUGACACACGGACCCUGGCACGUUGUCGCCGACAGUCAGUGGGAUGGAGUGAUUCUGAGACGUACAGAUGUUCUGAAGCUCUUCUGAGAGGUCUAAGGGUUCUCCAGGAGCUGGGUUUUGAACGGCUGCAGCGCAGUCAGGAUACACACCCAGAUGACUGCAACCAGCUGCAAAGUCUGCUCAUAGCUCACAAGAAAUACUUCAGAGAUUUGCAACAGAGGCUUGUAAUGGUUAAGCUGCCGUCCCAGAGGCUGCCAGAGGGGGUGCUGCAGGGCCAGGCAGACGUGGAGCAGUUAAUAUCAGAACUACAGCAGAAAGCACAAAUCCUUGGGGUCCAAAUGCAACACAACCUUGAGGAAUGGUCUUGGUUUGAUGAUGUCACAGAGAAACUCUGUAAGCGCUUGGAUGAGCUGGAGUCCGACAUCUCGAGAGCAGAUUCAGGGCCGGAGGGUGACCUGCAGGUACAGCUGCAGACCUAUGAGGGGUUGCACAAGGCCCUUGAAGACAUGAGACCUCAGGUGGGAGAGAUUCAUGACCAACUCAGAACCCUACAGAACAAAGGUUGCUGCUUUGAGAGACCAGACCAAACCUCUCCAAGUUCACUGCAGUUGACACGCUGGCACAAGCUCCAUAAACAACUAGAGCGGAAGAUCCACUCUACAAAAACCAUCAGAAAGAAUUAUGAAAGCUUUCAGCGAGACUCAGCUGAACUAGAAGCGUGGAUGAGUCGUACAAAUGAACAGGUUCAAAAGUGGAACAGCGUCUCUGAUUCUGAUCUUCAGGACUCCAGACUCAUCCUUAGCCAUAUCACGGAGUUCUUUAGAGAGCUGAACAUCAGAUCUGCGCAGAAAGAUUCUGCAGUGUGCGCCAGUACACGUAUACCGCAGCUGACAGACAGCAAGGCUCCAGAACUGCGCAGACGUCUGGCUCAGCUUGAGCGGGACUGGAUACAUCUCACUAACGUGCUGCCCACCCUUCACCAGAAACAACAACAGCUGCUGGCGAGUCAGUCUCAGAGUCAGAUCUUGGAUGAGUUGACCUGCUGUCUAGACCAUGUUGAGAGUCGACUGGAACAAGAAGGAUCUGGGGUCCAUCUUGUCUUGGAUUCCACGGAUCUGUCUAGACAUCUACAGUCUUUGAAGGAUGUCAAGGCUGAGGUAACCUGCCACCAAUCCUGUCUCGACUUCCUGAACCAGUCUGUAAAUGAACCCACCGAUCGCUAUGAUUGCAUCAUUUUUGCUGAGCGACUGGGAGCUCUGAAUCUGAGAUGGCUUAUACUACAGAGCAAAAUUGACACCGAGAUACAUGAUACAGAGGACAAAUGGCAGCUUUGUGCAAACAGAGAAAAGCAAUUGCUUCGUAUUCGCGACUCGAUCUCUCAGUGUUUGGAAUUGGUGAGAAACAGCAAGAGACCAAACAGCCGUUCACAGAUUGAUCAGGCACUACAAGAGUGUAAGGAGAUGGAGGAAAAGCUGAGAGUCAGUUCCUCUGAACUAUUGGGUCUCCGAGCUCUCCACGUGUUUGGAGAGCAGGAUGGCCGACACCCGGGAGAUGAAGCAUUCUCCAUGCAGGUGAAUUCAGCCGUCCAGGACUGCCAAGUUGUAAGCCAACAGAUAAACGCUCUCAGGGCCGACCUGCAGCCAGUCAGGGAUGAGUGGGUUCACUUUGAAUCUGAAAUGAGUGCAGUGGGCAUGAAGACCGCCGGGUUGAUCUACAGACUGGAGCUCUGCAGGGUUCCUGUGUUCUCAUCUGAGCAGAGCAGAGCUCAUGUGCAACAUUUACAAGAGAUUGAAAAGGAGUUGGAGAGAUCAGAGACAUGGACUUGCUUAAAUGAAGAGCUCUGUAACUUAAGAGACAAACUCAACCCCUGUACAGCCACACUGCUGUCUGAUCGAUUAGAGAUGGAGAAAACACGGCAUCUAGCAGUCAUUAAGGACUUGCGUGCUGACUUACUGAAAUCCCAGAAUGCACUGCAGCUCUGGCUGGAAUAUGAACGUCUCAUAGGAGAAAGCCACACUCUUCUGAAUCAACACUGGGAGAAACUUGAAGAACUUCUGAGUUCUCCCACCAGAGGAGAGAACACUGCAGAACAUCUCAGCAGCAGGAUACAGAGCAUUCAUGUCAUGGACAAAACCAUGACGGCUUUGCAGAGCAGUGUGGAAAAAGUGCUGGAGACUGCAAAGCUUCUCAUUGGGCACAUAAAGCCCCAAUCUGCCCCGCUAAUCCAAUCACAAACCAGACUGCUGUCACGUGACCAGGUCCAUCUUGCCAAGACACUUGCUGAGAUUGGAGCACAAGUUCAGGAGGAGCUGGAGGAACAUCACAGUUUCAUCACUGAGCUGGGUUCAUUAGAGCAACAACUCAACAGAUUUGAAAGUGUUACAGGCUCCUCAGAUAUGAGCAUAGACAGCCUAAAGACGGUUCUGUUAGAUCUGAGUGGGCUGAACCCUGACCUUUGUGUUCUGAAUCAGAAGAACCUUGGUCUCACCCUCGGCCCCACAGAGAUCGAGAGGCUGCAGACCCUUAACACACAGUGGGUUCAGGUCUUCUCUAAGGCCAUGGACAUGCACAGGAAACUGUAUGGAGAGCGUCUGUGUGAUCAGAACUUUCAAGAGAAGUGCGAGUGCUGGAUGCAGCUCCUGGACAAAAUUGAGGCUGGUUUGUCCAAUCAGGUGUCUGGAAACUGUUCUGUCAUAAGAGAGCAGCAAGCUGUGCAUCAGAGGUUGAAAGUGGAGACGUUGACCAGUCAGCAGUUAUGGGAUGCUAUGAUCAGUGAAGCUCUGCAACUCUUGGAGAGCGCUCAGAUUGAUGACAGGAGUUGUCUGAUCCGAAGCCUCAGCAGACUGAAGGACCGCUGGCAGGGGACACAGCAAAGGGUCCAGCAACAUGAGACAUAUCUGGAGCGACUGAUGAUAGAGUGGCAGUUUUAUGAUGCAGGCUUGAGGAAACUUUCAAUCUUUCUCAGACAAUCUGAAGAACAACUGCCCCCAACAGAACUGGUGCCCUGCACCUUACAGCAGCUUCAAGACACUAUCAAGGACUUUGAGCAGACCGAGGAGCGACUACAUCUUCAUGAAAAACUUUAUAACCAGACUGUGGAGGCAGGCAGACAGAUUUAUGCGCUGGCAGAUGUGCAGACGCAAGCACGCCUGCAGACUGAACUUGAUGCCCUCAAAGAGACGUGGGAGAGAAGCUGUGGUCUUGUGAAGGAAAGGAAGGCUCUCGCAAACGCCAUAACUCAAAACUGGACGCAAUGUGAAAUUGGACUGGCUAACAGUGCUCUCAAACUGGAGGAGAUCAAAGCAAGAUUGAAAAGUCCACUGCCAGAAAACCUAGAAGAAUUAAAGACGCUCGAGCGGCUUAGACAGGAGGACGAGGACACGCUGGAGAUCUGGGCCGGAGGAUUGAAAGAGCUGAGCAACAUGAAGGCAGACGUGUCACAGUACGUGCUGCCCGCAGACGUAGCGCUGCUUCAGGGACAGGUGGAUGAACUUCACAGCCAAUGGGAAGAACUGUGCCUAAAGGUGUCACUUCGCAAACAGGAAAUAGCUGACCGUCUGAACGCCUGGACUAUUUUCAAUGAAAAGAACAAGGAGCUCUGUGAUUGGCUCGCGCAGAUGGAGAAGAAGGUGGCACACAGGGGCGAUAACCUUAGUAUUGAAGGAAUGGUGCAGAAACUUAAAAAGGACUGCAUGGAGGAGAUUAACCUCUUCAGCGAGAACAAGAGCCACCUCAAGCAGCUGGGAGAGCAGCUCCUAUUGGCCGGCGACAAGACUAAAGAGGCGGAGAUUCACGGGGCCUUACGGGAUGUCAACGACCGCUGGCAGCACCUGUUCGACCACAUUGAGGCCAGGGUGAAAAAGCUGACAGAGACCCUUGUGACAGUACAGCAGUUGGAUAAGAACAUGAAUAACCUUCGUUCUUGGCUCACCCGCAUUGAGACUGACCUGGCCAAACCUAUUCAAUACAAUGUCUGCCAUAGAGAUGAGAUCCAGAAGAGACUGACGGAGCAGCAGGACUUGCAGCGUGACAUUGAGCAGCACACAGAGCGGGUAGCAUCCGUGCUCACAAUGUGCGAUGUGCUGCUUCACGAUGAAGAUGCCUGCAGCAGUGAUGGAGAGAAUGACUCCAUCCGGCAGACCACACACAGUCUGGACCAGCGCUGGAGAAACAUCUGCUCCAUUUCCCUGGCGAGAAAGAUGAGGAUUGAGGAGACGUGGAGAUUGUGGUGUGCGUUUCAGGACGAUUACUCUUCUUUUGAGGCCUGGCUCAAUGCAGCCGAGAAAACUGCUGCCCAACCCAAUUCAUCUGAUGUCCAGUACGCCGAGGCCAAAGAGGAGCUUAAGAAAUAUGAGGGUUUCCAAAAGCAUGUACAUGAUGGUCUGACGCAGCUGGGGAUUAUUAAUAAGCAGUACAGGCGACUGGCCAGAGAGAACCGUACUGAUACGGGACUCAGGGUUAUGGUACAUCAGGGGAAUGAACGCUGGGACGCGCUGCAGAGAAAAACGGCUGCCAUACUGCGCAGACUCAGACACUUCACAAGCCAGAGACAAGAGUUUGAGGGAACCCGCAAGGUUCUCCUCGCUUGGCUCACUGAUAUAGACCUUCAGAUGAACAAUGCGGAGAACUUGUCUGAGCAGGACCUUCAAGAGACGAUGAAACGGCUGAAGAGUUUCAAGAAGGAGAUCCGUCUGAACACCAACAGGAUUGAUUCUUUGAUAGUGUUUGGCGAGAGUCUGAUUCAGAGGAGCUGUCCUCAAGAUGCUGUUGAGAUUGAAGAUGAGUUGGAGGAACUACACACGUACUGUCAGGAAGUGUUCGGCAAAGUCGCCCGAUUCCACCAGCGCCUCACCAUGCUCCCACCGGCAUUGCAGGAGCCAGAGGUCCUAGACACCAGGAGCACCAGCCGUGACACACCAUCCACCAGCCAACCGUCCAUGUGCCUGUUGGCUCCACCUCAGGAGCUCUCUGGUCGUGAAACCCCUGUCAGUGUAGACUCUAUCCCGCUGGAAUGGGAUCACACCGGGGAUGUUGGUGGCUCUUCUUCACAUGAUGAGGAUGAGGACGCUGACUUCUUCUCUGCCUUGUCAGGACAAAACGGGAACUUUCCAAACAUGUCUGAAAGGAAAUCCGUCCACAUGGAGACCUCCUCGCCUUCACACACCAGCACACAAGACUAUGUCCAGCUGAUGUCAGAGUGCAGCGGCAGUAUUAAGAGCGUGAAGAGGGUGUCUAUGAUCCUGGAUGAUGAGGAGCACCAGGAAGAACACGGCCUCACUGAUCUCACCACUGCAGACAAGCAGUCAGGAGUGAUAGAGCGCUGGGAGCUGCUACAAGCACAAGCAGUGAGCAAAGAGCAGUGCAGCAUCAGAGACCCACAGCAGCUGACCUCUGACCUGCAUGACAUCACUUCCUGGCUGGAGCGGGUCAGCCCUGAGCUGGAGAGACUCCAGAAGCCUGAGGCAUCUGCCACUGUAGAGAUGUUAGAAGCACGGGUCAAAGAGCUUAAAGAAAUGCAGAAGACUUUCGCCCGUUAUAAGACCAUGAUGCUGUCUCUGAACCUGGGUGGGCGAGAACUGCAGCAGGGGGCGAGUGAUGGAGCACAGGAGCUUCAGGAGGGUCUGCGCAGGAUGAACUGCCGCUGGACAGAAGCUUGUGCCGGUCUUGAGGGAUGGGAGGGCAGUCUACGUAACACCUUAAUGCGCUGUCAGGAGUUUCAUGAGACGGUGCACUCGCUGCUGUUGUGGCUGGCCCACGCUGAGAGCAGACGUUACACUGUAAACAUGGACGACCCCUCUGUGCAGCUCUCUGUGCUUCAGGAACACAGGAACGCUUUGAAGGUUCUGGAAGAGGAGCUGGAGGGCAAGCAGACGCAGGUGAGCUCUCUGCAGGAGAUCACCUCUGAACUGCUCCCAGACAGCGGCGGUGAAGAAAGCGCUGAAGCCCGAGAAAAACUUCACGUCAUAGGAAACAAACUCCGACUACUGUCAAGCCAGGUCAACCAGGAUCUCCAGACUGUUCAGGAGAGAUUGGAGUCCAAGACCGAUGCUACUGGAGAUGCAACGUCCUCGGAACGCUCUAGGUCAGCGAUGCGUGAACAAUCACCCCGGCGUUCGUUCUUCUAUCGGGUCCUGCGAGCCGCUUUUCCUCUGCAUAUCCUCUUCCUCCUGCUGCUGGUUCUGGCCUGCCUGGUCCCUCUUCCAGAGGAUGACAACAGCUGUACGCUUUCCAACAAUUUCGCCCGCUCUUUCCAUCCCAUGUUACGCUACACCAACGGCCCUCCACCGACAUGAGCCGCCCGACUCCAAACAGAUCAAUCAUCAGUCCUGUUCUCAUGACUCGGCGUGUGGUGGAGUACCUCAAUAUUUGUAAUGCUUCUAUUUUUGUAAUUGAUUUUAUACUAUUUAUUCCCCUUUCAAAGCCAGACUACUGAGAAUCAUUUCUGGGAGCUUGGAUGUGAUCCAAACUCUCUCUGUUCCUUUGCUUAUGUCAGACACACUGAAAGAUGUCAAUCAUUGUAAGAGUUUAAAUAUUUCACUGAUUUAUGUAUUUGGGUAUUUUUGGUAUUUUCUUGCUUUUGUCUCAGCUGAGUUUCAAGAUGUAAAAGGUAAUAAUAAUAACUGGAAAAUAUGGACACCCAUACCGCUUCGUCAACCCAACCGCAGUUAGUGGUGACAUAAUUGAUGCCUGCUAUUUAGGCAUUGUGGUCUCAUUUUUAAAUUCUUGCAUAUGAAAAUAGAUUUAGGCAAGUUAAAUCAGACCAUGUCUGUAUUUAAAAAAAAUGAAUUUUAAUGGGAAUGAUGUCAGAAACACACAAGAAAUUUUAAUUUACCCCUGCAAUUUAUAAGCAUAUAAGUGCAAAGUAAAACAGACGUAUGUACAGAAAAUGAAUUUAAAACUGUCACAAAUCAAGAUUUAUAUUCCUCGUUUGAAAAUAAACAUUGUAUCAUUAAAAAAAAUAUGGCAACUAGUAUUUACUUCUUACUAGAUUAAACAUUUUCUCAGCACUUCAUAUUAAAAAAAAAAACAAAUUGCAGGCAGAUGGCAUAACGUUUAUAAAUACUUUCUAAAAACGCUUGUGCGUUCAUUAAAAUGAAAUAACACUUA